AAGGAAAAAAAAGAAAAAAAAGAAAAGAAAUUAAAGAACAAAAGCCACACAGAUCUCCACGCUUUUGGUCUCCUCCAACACCCCUCCCUCCAUCCUCCGAUCAACUCCCCGUCGCUCUUUGAAGCUUUGCAGUCAUCCAGAUUGUGAAGCUUGACAAGAAUGGAGGGAGUCGGGGCCGGAAGCGCAUCUGCGGCAUCGCCUGUUAACAAGUGGAUAUAUGAUGCAUCGAGGCUCUAUCAGUACUAUCUGGACAAGACAACUCCACUUUCGGUUUACAGAUGGAUUGGGACUUUUGUGUUGGUUGUCAUUUACGCGCUGCGGGUUUACUCUGUUCAGGGGUUCUACAUUGUGUCGUAUGGUCUCGGGAUUUACAUACUGAAUCUUCUGAUUGGGUUUUUGUCGCCAUUGGCUGAUCCGGAGAUGGGAGGAGGUGGUUCAGAUGGGCCGUUGCUUCCAACCAAGGGUUCAGAUGAAUUCAAGCCAUUCAUCCGCCGCCUUCCUGAGUUUAAGUUCUGGUACUCUUUCACAAAGGCUUUCUGCAUUGGAUUUGUCAUGACCUUCUUCUCUGUAUUUGAUGUGCCUGUCUUUUGGCCAAUACUUCUCUGUUACUGGAUUGUUCUGUUCGUCCUAACAAUGAGGCGCCAAAUUGCACACAUGAUCAAAUACAAAUAUGUUCCAUUCAACCUUGGGAAGCAGAAAUAUGGCAGCAAAAAACCUUCCUCAAGUGGCAGUGGCCGGAAUGAUUGAAGCCCAAUUGUUGCAUAACUAGAGCAUUUAGCAGUGACUGAUGGGGAGUUGUUUGUAGAAGAAAAAGUAGGCAUUGUGAAGAUUCAUGAUAGUAGAAUUUUUCUGGAAGAACAUGCAUUUAUGGAUUUCAUUGUGCCUUCACAGUUCACAAACUUAGGGUUGGAUUAUGUGUGGUCUUUUAUUGUUAUACGCAUUAAAUUCGGCUAAAUUUUGAUAUGACUUCCAAUGUAUAUCUGCAUGAUGCAGUAAUACUUCACUCUUGAAUCUAUUCAUGGAAAAUUUCCUGCA